AUGGGAGGUUGCGACGUCGCCGAUGGUGGAGAGGAUUCGAGCAUCGUUGCCGGAGGAGGCGAGGCGACGGUGAACAUCCAGUGCCUGAACGGCUCGAAGUUCGUUGUUCAGAUGAACUUGAACGCAGUUGUUGAGGCUUUCAAGUCAAUCAUUGCUCAGCACUGCGAAAUUCCGGCUCGCCAGCAGCGGCUGAUCUACAGAGGACGCAUACUGAGGGACGAUCGCACGCUUCAUAGCUAUGGUCUUGAGGCAGAUCACACUGUUCACUUAGUUCAAGGUCUUUCCUCAGACGAAUCUUCACAUGGUGCAGCCACAAGCCAUGCUGGAGUCCAAAGUACAAAUUCAACAGAUGAUGUUGCUUCUGUAGGAGGUUGGCCAAUCGGAGGUUUCGGUCUUGGAUCUUCAUUUCUUUCUACGCUGGGCCUGAACGGAUCAGGAAACGGCAGUGGUUUAUUUGGAGUUUCAGUUCCUGACAUGGACACCCAAAACCCUAACAUGAUUCGGGGUAUUUUGGAUGCAUACCAGAUAUUGAGCUCGGCGAUCAGUCCCGAAACCAUGCACAAUUUGAUCAUGAACGGUUCACGUGUGCGUGAGUUUAUGGAUCGUAACCCAGAACUUGUGCACAUAGUUAACGAUCCUGAGACCAUCCGUAAAACCAUGGCGGCUGCACAAAACCAUGAAAUUAUGCAUAAAACUGACAGGGAAUUGAGCAACAUCGAGUCCUCCCAGUGGGUGUAUGAGAAUGUACAGCGGCCCAUGCUUAAUUCAUUCAUCAUGGCUGGUGACAUUAUGUCUGACUUGGUAGCUCAAGUUGGCGGACACGGUGGAGUUCGAACAGCUAGUUUAGUAUCUCCUGGAUCUGAAACAACAACUAACUCUGCUUCUCCGAAUACGAGCCCACUUCCCAACCCUUGGGCCUCUGGUGUUCUGUCAGAUCCUAUCGGCAAUGCAAGACCUAUUUCACCAGGUGGCCUAGCAGGAAGUGGUGUCCCUGAUUUGGAGCAUCUGCUGGGUUCGAUAUCAGAAAUUACCACUAUUGAUCAAUUAAUGGAAAUGGAGAACAUUUCUCAGAGGAUGCAUAGUCUUCUAUCCAGUCCCCAGCUCAUGAAUCAGAUUCUUGGCAACAAUCCAUCUCUAAGGAGCAUGCUUGAUUCCAGUCCUCAGCUUAGACAUACUAUGCAGAAUCCUGAAUUUAUUCGUCGAGUAACUUCGCCCGAGGUGAUGCAGGUAACUGCUAUAUUCUUUAUCUCCAUCUGCACAGAGAGUCUUGAUUUGAGGAAUCGUUUUUGUCCUAGUGCAUGUGAAGUUCCAUUCAUGUGUGGAUAUUCAAUGGUACUGCGUAUGUUCAAUCCUUGUGCUGUUGAACUGGUUGCGCCUUCUGAAGAGAUAUACAGCACUCAACUCUACGAGUUACAGGAGCUGGGCUUUGCUGAUACCCAAGAAAAUAUUCAGGCACUGAUUGCAACUGCAGGGAACGUUCAGGCUGCAGUCGAACACCUUCUGGCAAAUCGUGGUCGUUAA